UCACCCGGAGAAAAAGGGGAAAAAGGGAAGUUCUACUUCGCAGUGCCCGCGAAAUUAAAGUCGUUUGUUUACGUUCAUGACAGCAGAAGAGAUUUAAACUAAAGUCUGUGUCCUGACACCUUUGUUAAUGAGAAGGUAGGUUGGGUUCUGUUUGUAUUUAAACAACGUAGCUCAUGGUUUAGAAGGAAAGAGCCUUAAACGGUGUCAUAUGAGUGAAUUUAAUUAUCAGCAGGUGUCCUGAUUAACUUCGUGGUCAAAACUGUGUUUGAAGUCCUCAAAUAAGUCACAUCCCAACGCUACACUUACUUAACGUUUGAAAAAAGUAAUGUAUAAUAGUCAGCACAGUUCUUGUUUUAAUAAUAAAAGGUAGUUUUACUUAUUUUAUUGGCUAUUUGAUGUUUGUUUUGAACAGGAUAUUCAUAUGACAAAGGUCCAUUGAAAUAUCAAACUCUGACUGUUACGUGUAGUGCUUUGUCGUUCGCAAACGAUUCUUUCAAAAGAACCGGAUCCUUUAAGUGAACGUACCGAACAGAAUGAAGAACGGAAGUGAGAAACAGCAUUGCCAGUCGAGCAGUCGGCAAAUGACGGACUGCAUGCACCGACACCUUAAUCACAUAGUGAACGAAACACGCAUUGAACUACACUCUCUGGAAUCAUGUUUGUCAGACUAAACUACCUUUGCAUACAAUAGGACACAACAUGUAACAAGUAGUGCAUUAAACCCACAGCAUCCUAUCUUUGCAACGGUUUGCAAGGGUAUGGUGUAUGUUCAGUGUGAAUUCUUCCAAACGUUAAGUGAACAAAUCACUCACUGACCCCAAUUUACAAAGCAGACCUGAUGAAUAGCAUACCAUAGGACAGUACACUUAAAACAUCAUGACUUAUAAACAAGUUCAUUUUUACAAACCUGUUUGCUAAAGCAACACAGCCAAACAUUCUUGUCUCCCAGUCCCAGAAACUGAAUCCUAAACCAUUCAGCUGUGUAUCAGUUCAGGAGGUCGGAGUCGCAGGCUUCUCCAGCCAAGCGCUACAUGACUCUGUGAUUUGGUGAACGAAUCUUUUGAACGAAUCUUUUUAGUAAACUGAUUCUAGUGAUUCAGCACAUUUAAAAUGCUGUGCCCAUCACUAAUUACUGUGUUUAUGUCUGUGUUCCAGGUGUUCACCAUGUUAAUAAGCCCGGAACAGGAGGCUCUGAUUGGUCGGGUGUUUGAAACCUACCUGACAGAGCAUCACCAUGACGACAUUCUCCAGCUUUUUGCAGACACUGAUGAAGAGACUCGGCAUCCUGUUAUUGUUAAUGCCAUGACACUGUUUGAGGCCAACAUGGAGGUGAGGCCCAUACUCCUCAAACCACCAGUGCAGUCAUGAAUGUAAUGGAGACAAUACCAUAAAAAAAACAGUGACAUCUUGAAAACAUUGAAGACAUUUUUUCUUUAUUAGACAGGGCAGCUGAAGAGAGACAGGAAAUGUGGGGGAAACAUGAAACACAGGGUUACAGCGGGACAUUUUUAUUUUUAUUUCCAGUAUGCUUUUGUUUUCAUGCCUGUUAAUGUGCCUUUUGCUGAACUUUUAUAAACUGUGAAAAUAUACAAACAGUACAUUUUCACUUAGUACAUGUUACAUCUACCAGAAUCUAAAACUCUGGAUAAAUCAAACAUGAACUCGAACCAUAAAUGUCAUUUUAUUUUUCAGUGACCUUACUGCUUCUCUCUUGUGUGUGUUUCUAGCUUGGGGACUAUUUCAAUGCAUAUCCCCACAGCGUACUGGCUAUAUUUGAUAAGGUGUUACACAAAACAGCCAUACAGAUAUCAGAGAAAGCCUCCCUGAAGCAGACGCUGAGACAUGCUCCUCACGCCCGCAUAACAGGUCAGACAUGAAACCUUCUCUGUGUAAACCCCUUUCUUUACAGUGGUAUAUUCUGUUGUCUUCUUUGUCUCAGAAUUUUACUGCAUUAGCUUUGAUUCUCUUUCAAGUGCAUGAUGUUGUAAAAAAAACAACAAGAACAAGUUAGAGCUUUAGACCUGAAAAAAGAACAUUUAAAUCACACUUUGAAGACCACCAAAAGAAGUCCUCUUGUUAUCAGUGUUAUAUCACAAAUGGUUUAACCUGUGUGUGUUGUAAAUAUGUGCCCAUGAUGGGCUGAACUAGUUGCAGAUGUUUGCAGCUUUUUUUUCACAGGUUGGCGGUAUUUGACAAUUUUGGUAGUCGUAUUGUUUGAAAAAGAUGGGAUUAAAAGUAAAGCUGUGAGGAUUUGGGGCUUGUAGGUGCAACAAAAAGUCCUGUGGCGCCCCCUGCAGUCUCUUUGUGUAUUUAUUGACUGUUUUCUGAUAUCAGGUCUGCCAGUGUGUCCAGAGCUUACUAGAGAUACCAUUCCCCGAUCCAGAGAUGUGGGACACUUCCUGUCUGUCACUGGCACGGUCAUACGCACCAGUGUUGCCAAGGUAACAGCAUGACAUGCUUAGCUUGCUGACAUUAAAUUGGAAAGUGCUCCUCUAACAUACAGAAAAUAGAUGUUCUGAGGCAACUAAUUACUUUGUUGAUUAAACAGGAAAUUAAAUGUCAAAUACGUUAGUCUAAAGAUAAGAAAACAUUCGUAACACAGUGGAAAUCGAGCAGAAUUUAGUUCACACACAGGAAUCACAACACCAUAGCCUGAAUUUAAUCCUGAUCUAGAUACAUGAAUCCAUGUAAACAUACGUAGUGGCUGGCAAGCCGUGGAUAACAACAUACCUGUGUCUCACCAGUGUGAGUCUCGAAUUCCCUUUUUUUUUUUUUUUAAUCAAAAGAAAAACUUUGUCUUUUUGUCGUCACUGUGGAAACAAAGUUUACGAGCAACCUCAUAUUUAAGUCAUACAUCUCCAUCUCUCACAGGUGCUGGAAUAUGAGCGAGACUACAUGUGCAACAAAUGUCGUCAUGUUUUCACAGUGCAGGCUGAUUUCGAUCAGCACUACACAUUUGUCCCACCUGUCUCCUGUCCUAACCCUGAUGCUUGUAACUCGUACAAAUUUGCCUGUCUGUCUGAUGGAUCUGAGCCUGGCGCCUGCAGAGACUACCAGGAGAUCAAGAUACAAGAGCAGGUAGGACAUCUGUAUGUGAUCCUCUGCUAACCAGUUACUUGAAUGUUUUAUUAUUGUUUUCCUCAGAUGAUAUAGAUUGUGCUCUCUCAGGUGCAGAGGCUGUCAGUGGGCAGUAUUCCUCGGUCGAUGGUGGUGGUUUUAGAAGAUGACUUGGUUGAUAUCUGUAAAUCAGGUGGGAACUGUUUGUACACAAUUACACUUGCUAAAUAAUAUCUAAACUGGACACUUACUAUAGCUCUCCUUAUUACCACUAGACUCCAGUUGUUUAAAAACAGGAAUUUGCUUGAAGAAUGAGCCUGUUUCCUCAGUUAGCUCGUUAUAACAACAUAUAUAAGGAUAUUUCUACAGUAAAACUCAACAGUAAAAAAUAUGAUACAAACAGAUAAGAUGAGCAGUACAGAAUAUCAAGCAGAGAAAAUGUUCAAAGUCAUCCUUAAUCCUUGAAGCUGUCAGUGAUGAGCCGUAUAAAUUCUGUGUUUGUAGGAGAUGAUGUGACUGUGUACGGCGUGAUGUGUCAGCGCUGGAAGCCGUUCUAUGAUGGCUCUCGAUGUGAUGUGGAGCUUGUGCUCAAAGCCAACAACAUAGAAGUGAACAACCAGCAAGCUGCUGCCGCUCUGCUCAUGAAGGAUGCCCAAAGGGAGUUUGACGACUUCUGGGAAAGCUACAAACAUGAUCCAAUAGCUGGUGUGUAAGAAUUUGUUUGUUAUCUUCAAAAAAAUCAAUUCUUGUUUUAUUAAAGUUUGAUCUAAGGUAUCAUUCACUCUCCUCUCUACAGGUAGGGACCAGAUCUUGUUGAGUCUAUGUCCUCAGGUAUUUGGCAUGUAUGUGGUUAAACUGGCUGUUGCCAUGGUGUUGGCUGGCGGAGUGCAGAGAAUAGAUUCUUCUGGAACCAAAAUCAGAGGUAUGUCUCUCAUUACUUGAGAGCUAUAAGGAGACUUCAAAAAAAUCACAGCCAGACUUUUACCCCUGCAGUUAACAAUGUACUGCACAGACAGUACAGAUAAAAUGGCUGGUUUUACGUAGAGUGCAGGUAAGCUCAGCUGAUUACAUCUUUGUUCUCUCUAGGGGAAUGUCACAUGUUGCUGGUUGGUGACCCAGGCACAGGGAAGUCUCAGUUUCUGAAAUAUUCAGCAAAGAUCAUACCUCGCUCUGUUCUUACAGCUGGGAUUGGAUCAACAAGUGCAGGUAGACUCUGUUCUGCAUCAGAUCUCGGUUUACAGGAGUUUCCUUUGAGAGAUCUUUCAUUAACCACGAGGUCACGAACACACCUUAUCAGUUGUGUGUAUUUCUGGAUUAACAGAGUAUUAAUGUGUUUUGCUUCAGGGCUCACAGUUGCAGCAGUGAGAGAUGGAGGGGAAUGGCAUCUGGAGGCAGGAGCUCUGGUUCUGUCAGACGGUGGUUUGUGCUGCAUUGAUGAGUUCAACAGUAUCAAGGAGCACGACCGUAUCAGCAUCCAUGAAGCCAUGGAGCAACAGUCUAUAAGUGUAGCUAAAGCUGGGUAAAUGAGACAUUUCUUAAAAUAAGAUCCUCAACAUAUAAACAUCCAGUAUUUCUUUUUCCUCUUGUUCUUGUUCUUCUUCUUCUUCUUCUUCUUCUUCUUCUUCUUCUCCUUGUUCUUCUUCUUCUUCUUUUUGUUGUUCUUCUUCUUGUUCCUCUUGUUCUUGUUCUUCUUCUCCUUGUUCUUGUUCUUGUUCCUCUUGUUCUUCUUCUUGUUCUUCCUCUUGUUCUCCUUCUUCUUCUUGUUCCCUCUUGUUCAUCUUCUUCUCCUUCUUCUUCUUGUUCUUGUUCCCUCUUGUUCAUCUUCUUCUCCUUCUUCUUCUUUAAUACCUUAUUUCUGGCAUUGCCGUCUAAAUGCUACAAGCUGCAUAAAAUUAAGACCCCUGAAUUUGUCAAAAUAAGACCCAUGUAUAAAUAUACCAGUAGACCUUUCAACUCCAAAAGGUUUUUUCUUUAUGUUAGUGUUGUGCAGAAUAUAACUUUGUUAGUUGCUGAGUGUGAGAUGGAUAUUAUUACUAAAAACUGUAUAAAACAUGGAUGGUGUCAGAUGAGAAAUGCUGACCCCUCCUGGCACACAGCUAAAACAUGCCUUCCUGACUUUCAGCUUCCCACUAGUUGUGCAAAUCUUUGCAUGACUCUUAGUCUUAAUAUCUUUGAAACAAGCUUGUAUCAAUAAUGAAAUGGAUUACUCAGACAAAAACUGUUUUUAUACCAGGGUGUUUGAUGUUACAUGUUUAAUCGUGCUGCAAAAAGGGUUCAUUUGGACUGUCAGUUUUUUGCACUCCCAUGUUGGUUAAAUUUCCCUACAGCUUUCCCUUGAUUAAAACACACAUUGUCUUUUCCCUGUGCCUUUUCCCUUACGUCUCCUCUCCUUUCCACAGUAUGGUGUGUAAGCUGAACACUCGCACCACCAUCCUUGCAGCUGCUAACCCUAAAGGUCAAUACGACCCCAACGAGCCGCUGUCUGUGAACGUAGCCCUGGCCAGCCCCCUGCUCAGUCGGUUUGACCUGGUUCUGGUUCUGCUGGACACAAAGAACUCAGAGUGGGACCGCAUCAUCUCUUCCUUUAUUCUGGAGGACAGAGGUAGAGUGUGAAUUACUGGGAAGAAAGAUUUUUGAAAGAAUUAUAUCUUAACAUUUUAUUUUAUUUUUUAAUCAUGAAAUAAAGAUAUUGACUGUUAUUAGAACAAGCACUAAACGUGCAAAGGAUGCAAGACAUUGAAUUUUUUCAAUUUAUUUUAGCCAGUAUCGUUGCAGACAUAUACACUCCCUUUUUUACUUGAAAGCUAAGUUUUUGCUGCAGUAGGAUAUAAUAGGAGUUGUGUCUUUCGAAUAUAAACACAGUUUAAACAUGCAGGAAAUAAAAAAACACUAAAUGCCAGACAGAAAAAUAUCUAGAUAAAAGUAUGAUGAACAAUCAUUUAUGAGGUGAUGUCUCCUUUGAAGGAGUUUUGGUCACAUGGCUGGUGAUGCGGAUAAAUCACAAAUUUGUCCACCGUCAGAAAUACAUGAUGAUGUGAAAGUUAAUUGUGUUGAUUGCUAAGCUUGCUCCACUCUUGUCUUGCCUUUGACUGAUUGAGUUGUUGUAUUUUAGAUAGAUGGAUAGAUCGAUAGAUAUUCUUUAUUGAUCCCAAACUGGGAAAUUCCCAUGUUACAGCAGCAAUAAAAACACAAAAUAAAAUUAAAUAUAAGAAGAACUAUGUACAAUAAAGGCCAUCAGAGUAUGCACAUAAUCAACUCAUUACCUAUUUUGUCGAAAAAUGCUCAUGUCUGCCAUUAAUUAACUUUCUAGGUGAUUAUAUUCUGAUACUGAUACCAUGCCUACAAUAUCCUGCAACCCUUCUACAUGUGUAGCAGUAAUAAGUUCUGUUUUUUAGUACUACACAGAAAAGUUCUUACACCAUGUGCAAAUGAUGUUUCAGCUGAACAACUAAAAAUGGAUUACAUGGAUCAAACAGUCUUGCUGUAAUAUAUGUAUUGAUAUGACUGAUGGAGCAGUAUUUCUCUUAAUUUUAGGUGUAAAUUUUUCUCUUCAGAGUUCCUGCAGGUCCUUCAAAAGUCAAAAUUAAAUAAUAAGAAAUGUCCAUGCUUCUGUGUUCUCUCUUAGGACUCCCUGCAGAGUCUUCAAGCGUUUGGUCUAUGGAGAAAAUGAAGGCUUACUUUACUGUGAUAAAACGUCUGCAGCCACAGCUAUCUGAGGACGCCAACAUUAUCCUGACACGAUACUACCAGCUGCAGAGACAAAGCGACGGUCGCAAUGCCGCCAGAACCACAAUCCGCAUGUUGGAGAGUCUUAGCAGACUGGCUGAAGGUGAGGUUAGAUACUUUGUUCAUUUCAGUGACUUCGUGGUCAGUUACCUCAAGUUGUCCUUUUUGUAUUUUAAUGUUCAACUUACUGAUAAUUUUGUUUGAACUCCAGCUCAUGCCAAGCUCAUGUACAGAGAGACAGUGACCAUAGAGGAUGCUGUCAUGGCCGUCUCUGUGAUGGAGUGCUCCAUGCAGGUAACGAAAAACUUCAAUCCACUGAUAAAAUUCAAAUAUUUGUUAUGUUGUUAUUGCAAAUGACAUUAAAUUAAUUCGAACCUGUCUGUCAAAAAGUCUGUUUUGUUUUUUGAAGCAUGUUUCAAAAUUGGCAUCUCUGACAGAGUUAAUAUGACACGUAAAGGAGUGGUAGAGAAAGCACUUUUUAAAACAGUCCAUUUACCAUGUCUGUCAGUAAAUAUGAUGAAUGUAAAUAAUUUGUUUUUUGAGGAGUAUAAUAUCAUUUAACUCGGUGGUCUAAGCUGUCACAAUUGGCUGAUAGCAGUGGUGCAUUUUGAUACACUCGUGGUUUAUAACAUUGACUCCUCCGACAUGUAUCUCCUGUCCUCAUUUUCCACCUGAGCUCUGAUGCAGUCUGUAACCACACUUCACUUCUUCUGUUUCAGGGAGGAGCACUGCUGGGAAACGUUAACGCUUUGCUCACCUCCUUCCCUGCUGAGCCUCGUGAGCAGUAUCACACUCAGUGUCAGACUUUACUGAAGGGACUUAAGCUGCCGGAACUGCUGCAGAAGGAGACCAACAGACUGGCCAGGUGAGUCAGUCACCUGUUGAGUUUUGGUUAAACUGCCUAUGUGGGAUUGUCCCCCACUGAUUGCUUUACAUAAGAUGUGUUUACAGUUUUGUUGUUUAGAAAUAAAAGGAUGAAAAUCAUGAAUGUGCAAAUCUAUAGUAAUAACUAUAGUUAGGAAAUGAAGUCAUCAAACUUGAUCUUACUGUCAUGCCGUUAACUAGCUUACAGUUUAGAUCAUGUUAUUUAAACAGGCUGAAAAUAUCAAACACCCUGAGAAAAGGAGCUUUCUUCUGUGUGCUUUCUUCAGGUUGAAGAGUGAUGAUUCAGAAGGGUCUCCACCUGCUGAUGAUCACCAGUCUCAGGCCAGAGACACAAACCCCACCCACAACACCCACCGCCAUAACAACACCAAAAACUCCAGGGAUGAUGUGACUGUAGAAGGAGGCCUGGAUUGGUUCCACUCAAUCAGUCAGUCAGUGUUACCUGAUGGCAUGGCCCCGCCCAUCAUUACAUCAACUCAAGCUGACGUGAAUUCAGAAAUAUCCACAGUCAGGAAAGAGCCAAACUGUCAAACUGAGAGGGAUGAAGUUUCACAUCAUUUUGCUUCUGCUUUAGAAGACGAAAACCCAACAAGCAAAAACAUCAAAGAAAGUAGAGCUACAGCUGGAGAGAAGAGGACAGAUAAUCCAGAGUCUUCAAGGUUUAUAUUCCAGAAAGUUUCGAAGAAUCUGAGAGAACGAAGACUUAAAGAGCUGAAUCAUCUUCAUCGGGAGCUGGACACAGAGAGAGGAGAAGGAGGGGAGGUGGAGUCUAAAAAUGCAACUAAGACAACUUCAAAAUCACGCAGGAGUGCCUCACUUUCACCAACCAACCCUGGGCGAACAAAAACCCCUGUUCAAGAUCAACAGAGAACCAGCACUGGUCCUGAGAAGGAAGAGAGGGGAGACAAGAGCAACACCAGUGCUGCCACGGAGGAGAGGAAGGCAGCUGAGGAGAAAUCAGGGGAAGAACUGCGCUCGAAAUUUUCAAGUUUUAUAUUCAAACCAAAGAAGAUGACACCUUUAACACACAAUAAGGACAUGAAUGUCAAAGGGGGAGUUCUGGAUGAGAAAAACCCAGAAAGAGGAGAUGUUCAUGUAGAUACAGAGAGCAGGACAGGUGAAGUGAUACCAAGGGGUCAGGAUCACAAAGAGAAUAAAAGGCAGGAUCUGAGUGUUUCUGAAGUGAGGGGAAAACAAAGAAGCUGUGAGAGGGAGGAGAGUUUUUGUUCAAGGGAACUGGACAAAAAAAAGUCGCCUCAAGGUGACGCCAAGUCCACAGUGGCCUCUUCAACUCUCGCUAAACUCUCCAGAUUCUCUUUCAGCAGCACAAAUGAGCCCACAAAUUCAGCCCAGACUGAAAAGGUCAAAAAUCAAGUAACUACAUCUCUAGGGGACAAAGUCAAACCUGUGAAUGUCGUAGACAAAAUAAAAGAUCUGUUAAAUUCAGGACAGAAACCAGAUACAGGAACAGAGUCACCAAAAGAAAGCACAUCUAGGUUUAAGACGUUAAGUGACAGCACUGUUGACUUGCAGAGCGCAGUCGGGGUGAAGAAAAGGAAGUGUUUCGAGCUGGGUCGUGGUCCAAAUAGUUCUUGUGCGUUCUCUCUGUUCAGUUCAGCAGAUGAGAGCAAUGAUGUCCUUGACACAGACUGGGACCUGGAAGUUUCAAAGAAAGCUAAAAUCUGA